CCUUACGUCAGUGAUCACGUGUCAUUAAGGAUCCGCUGAAGUUUGGAAAAGUUGCAGAAACUCGAAGGAGCUCCAAAAGAAGGGCAAAAAAAACUGCCAGGAAACGAUUUAAAGCUGCGGGUCGCAUUCACCCACGCACACUAUGGAUUCAAUGGCCCAGAAAGUUUUAUCUUCCGGGUUCAGCCUUGACUUUGGACCCUUAAAAGAACCUCUAGCUUUCAUACGCGUACUUGAAUGGGUGUUCUCCAUAUUUGCCUUUGCCACAACUGGAGGUUACAGCGGUUCCACGGGCAUCAACGUUAUGUGUGCUGGCCAGCCAAGCAAGCAAAUAAUAGCAGAGUUCAACUAUCCAUUUAGGUUGGCACAGCAUCCUUACCAAGUACCCAGCUGUAAGGAAAAUGAUACCUCUGAAAAUACCUACUACCUGUCUGGAGACCGUUCCUCCUCUGCAGAGUUCUUUGUGUGUAUUGGAGUGUUCUGCUUCCUGUACAGCACCGCUAUGCUUAUCUUGUAUUUGGGAUACCAGCAUGUGUACAGGGAGUCCAGCCGCGCCCCAGUCGUGGACCUGCUGCUCACCGCACUUCUGGCCUUCCUGUGGCUGACCUCGGCCUCUGCCUGGGCCAAAGGUCUGACUGAUGUGAAGACGGCCACCAGCCCUUUGCUCAUUGUCAGUACUCUGGCCGUCUGCAAAAAUUCCAAAAACUCAUGCACUGCCGGAGUUCUGCCUCACAUGGGACGACUCAACGCCUCAGUUAUUUUGGGCUUUCUGAACCUUAUCUUGUGGGGAGGAAAUUGCUGGUUCAUUUACAAGGAGACACCCUUCCACAAAGAACCCAAUCAGCCCCCUGAUGUGGAGGGAGCAAAAAGGCCAUCCUAAGUCUUCAGAGUCUGAAACUGUAACUGUUAGAGUUACUGAGCGUUUGCUAUUAAGUUUGGCAGAGAAAUCGUGCAGUUAACAUGUUCAGACUGACUUGCUUUUGCUAAGGGUUGGAUUUGUUUGUAUUUUGUUUGAUACAUUUCAGAAAUAGCAAAGGAAGAACUAAUUUAGAUUUACAAGGAAAAUUAAUAUUGGGUUCCCAAUGGUCUUUGAGAACCUGGAAAUGUGAGAGGAAUGUGUCCUGUCCUUAGUCUGUUAUCACAAGUUCUUAUUAUAUAAAACAAUCAUUCUUUAGAAAAUGAUGCAAUCUUAUUGAUCAUAGAUUAGGCUGUUCAUCGUUAAUACUAUUACUCUCUAAAUUAUCAUCUUGGGUUUUUGGAAGCCCUUAUAAUGAAGAAAUUGCGGCACUCUAUAUUAUUUGUUUAAUUUGAGUUAUCUAAUAUAUUUGGUUUGUUAAAAUUGUAGCAUAAUCAAAGCCUAACGUUUUUUUUGCCAUUUUGGUGUUUGUGUGUGUGUUAUGUGCCCACUCCACGUUGUAAUUUAGUAAUUCAGUAAUUCAAUAACAAUUUUAUACUAUGAAAUAUUUCAGAACACAAAUUACAUUGCUUGUGAAACAUUCUUUUGAUUAACUCGAGGUUAUUGCCUCCGUAUUGUCUGGAAACCAAAACAUUCUGAAGAAAAUGUGUUUCACUUUGAUUUAACAACCUUUUUGCAUUUAAACAAGAAAAUGUUACGUUGCCAAUUUGAAAUUAUUUUAUUUAAAUUUUGUGCCAUAUUUUUUCCUGUUUGGUGUUGGUGUGCACAGACUUCCAUGUCAUGUUAGUGGUUGAAAGAAAUGUAAAUCUUUAUUAAUAGUGUUGUUACAAAGACCUUUUGUUAAUUUAAUUGACUUGGAACUACUAAUUUCAAAAACGUUUUUUAUCUUUGCUUUUGUCUGGCUUCUACCUCCACUUUGUCAUAAGGGAAGGCGAUCUUUGUUGGUUUAAUUGUAAUUGUUUCCUAACUUGAUGGCUUGUGAAGUCUUUUGCAAAGAAACUGUUACAAAAUGCUGAGCAACAUUAAAAUCAAAACUGAA